AUGCGUUUAAUAAUCGUCGUUUGCUUGUUAUUUGUUACCGCUACUCAAAUAAAUGGUCAAGAUAUUAGUGGUAUAACAUCAGGUCUUUUUAACGAUCUUCUUGGUUCGGUUGUAUCACAAUGGGGUAAUAUGUCAUCAACGGAUCUAGCUACAUUCAUCGAGAAAUUUACUAAACCAGGCGGUUUAAAUCAUAUAUGGAAUGCAGUUGAUUCUCAUUGCAGUUCACAUUUUGAUUGUGGCCCAGAUGCAUGCUGCCUUAAGCCAACCUAUCAUGGAAAGCGUGGUUUUACUGAUGGAAUCAAUUUACACAUGUCAAGUUAUUGUUCACCUUUAAAAAAAGGAGGCCAAACGUGUUCACUCUAUCAUAGUGGUGAAACAGCAUCAACCUUUAGUUGUCCAUGCGCAAAAGGAUUCAAAUGUGUUGGUGGUCGUCCAAUUUCAAUUCACCAAUUGAUCACUGUUUAUAAAGAUCCUAUUUGCCAAAUUGCUUAA